AUGGGUUUUCUAGGAGUCUACAAGGCCAUAUACGACUAUGCGCCACAAGCUGAGGGCGAACUCGCGAUUGCCGAUGGAGAUGUGCUCUACAUUCUGGAGAAGAACUCGGAAGACGAUUGGUGGAAAGCCAAGAAGAAGGCCAGCGCCGAUGAUGAAGAAGAGCCCGAAGGCUUGGUUCCAAACAACUAUGUUGAAAAGGCCCGACCCCUAGCAAAGGCACGCGCAUUAUACGAAUACACCCGCCAGACCGACGAAGAGCUCUCGUUUCCUGAAGAUGCCGUCAUCGACGUUUUCGAUACAUCCGAUCCUGACUGGAUUUUGGUCGGUCUGGAGGGCGAGUAUGGCUUUGUCCCCUCCAACUACAUCGAAUUGGGUGAGGCGGAAGAGCUCGCUCCCGAGCCCUCGCCACCCCCAGCCUUACCGUCGCGUUCUUCUGCCGUCGCGCCUUCCGACGCCAAUAACUACUCGGAAAGACCCGAGUCUGCCUACUCGGCCGCUGGUACCCAAGCGAACCCAGCCGCUACUUUGGCUGGAGUGAUGGCUGGACGCUCCGCUCCCGCUCCUGCUCCUCGCGCCGCCAGCCCCCCGCUAUCGCCUCAAUCUCCGUCAGAGCCGUCAGACGACGAGCCUGUCAGAAGUCCGGCUUUGCCCGCGAGACCAAUUUCUCAGGCUACCCCUGUUCCAGCUCCAGCUCCCGCACCUACGCGCAUUCAGACACAGAGAUCAAUAGAUACACACCUAUACGACAAUUCUCCCGAAAUCGAGGAGCCCCCUUAUCGUGCGCCCGGCGGUUUCCAUAUGUACAACAUCAAUGAGAUGGUGUCCGUGAUGGGGAAGCGCAAGAAGAUGCCCACCACCCUCGGUGUCAAUCUGGCGACUGGAACCAUCUUGAUUGCCCCUGAACGCACCCAGGAUGGCCCCUCUCAAGAAUGGACUGCAGACAAGAUGACGCACUACUCCCGGGAGGGCAAGCACGUCUUUCUGGAGCUCGUCAGGCCAAGCAAGAGCGUAGAUUUUCACGCGGGUGCCAAGGAUACCGCUGAGGAAAUCGUGAGCGCUCUAGGUGAAUUAGCUGGUGCUGUUAGAGCCGAGGGUUUGAGAGAAGUCAUUAUGGCAGGUGCUGGAAAGUCCCAAAAGAAGGGGCAAGUGCUGUACGACUUCAUGGCCCAAGGAGACGACGAAGUGACGGUUGCCGUUGGCGACGACGUCGUUAUCAUUGACGACACCAAAAGCGAGGAAUGGUGGCAAGUUCGACGCGUCAAGAACGGAAAAGAAGGGGUGGUGCCAAGCAGCUACAUUGAGAUCACAGGCUCCAUCACCCCGCCGUCUAGUAACACUGGCAUCAACGCUGCCAAAUCAACUGUCGAGCAGAACCGCCUGGAGGAAAUUCGAUUGACAAAGGAGGCUGUCAAAGCCGCUCAGAGGGACAGCUCACAGCAGCGGAGUAAACGCGAGAACGGUCGUGGCGAAGGCGGUACCCAGCGCUCUGGGAAAUCAAAGCCGGACCCCUCCAAAGUCAGGACGUGGACCGACCGAUCGAAGUCCUUCAGUGUCGAUGCGCAGUUCCUUGGACUCAAGGACGGCAAGAUCAAUUUGCACAAGAUGAACGGCGUCAAGAUCGCAGUGCCGGUAGCCAAGAUGUCGGUGGAGGAUCUGGAGUACGUCGAACGAAUCACCGGCAUUUCCCUGGACGAGGACAAGCCGUUGUCCAACGUGAAGAAGAACAGAGCAUCCCAGGCCGCUGCAGCCAGAGGCUCACCCGCCACGGGGAUUGGUGCAUCGAUCGGCCAACCACAGAAGCCUGAGUAUGACUGGUUCCAAUUCUUCCUGUCUUGUGACGUCGCCGUCGGCUUGUGUGAGCGCUAUGCGCAGGCAUUCUCCAAAGAUUCCAUGGAUGAAAGCGUCCUUCCCGAUGUCGACGCUUCUAUCCUACGCAACUUGGGACUUCGCGAGGGAGACAUCAUCAAGGUUAUGCGAACGCUGGAUCAAAAGUUCGGCCGCAUCCGUGGAGGCGACAAGGCCAGCGCAGAUGGAGACGGUGGUUCUGGGGGUCUUUUUUCCGGUCCUGGCGGCGCCUUGCGGAACAACACUAGGAAGGGCAGGCCGGCACCCGCUGUCCAGACAAGCGAUGUUGUUGACCCUAAGGCCUUUGCCAGUAAAGACGACGGUGCGGCCCAAGAGUAUGCAUCAAAGUCGCCCGCAUCAGCGUCGACGGACGCGGCAGGUCAGAAGAACGGCUUCGAUGACGAUGCGUGGGAUGUGAAGCCGACGAAACAGCAAGAACCGCCCGCGCCCGCUCCCGCACCGGCUCCCGCGCCUGCUCCUACUCCGGCUCCCGCCGCGACACAGGCUCCCGCCCAACCUGUCCAGCAGCCUACCCCGGCUCCGCAGAUGCCAGCUUUAACCAGCUCCAUGCAGGAGCUAUCUCUUCUAACCCAGCCUUUAGAACCUCAGCGAACUGCGCAGCUUCCGGCGCCAAGUCCGGCGGUCACACAGCCUCCAGCAUCGGCUCAGGCUCCCCAGCCGACCGGGGCCACUCCAUCGUUCUUUGCCACGGUCCGACCAAACCCUACCGCAGUCCAGUCGCCGCAGCAGCCUGUACAGAGGCAAAGGCCCGCACCUCCGGCUGCGGCGGCAAACCCAGGCGCGCUGAUGCCUCCUCCUCCUCCGGCACGGCCCUUGUCGGCUCCUCAGUCAGCCCAGCCCAGUGCCUUUGCACCGCCGCCUUUGGCACCUCAAAUGACGGGUUACCAAACUCAAGUCGCGCCACCAGGUCAAAGCUUGCACGAGAUGAACCAGGCUCGUAUGCAGCAGCAGUUCGCGAUGCAGCAGCAGCAGAUGCCGCAACCACAGAUGAACUUCCCCGUGCCUCAGCAGCAGCCUAUUCCAGGGGUGAUGGGCUUCAACCCGAACAUGCAGCAAACCGGUGGACAGCAGUUUAUGCAGUCCAUGCAGCCAAUGAUGACAGGGGCGCCUGCACAGAGUCCCUUCGCCGAUCCCCAUCGUCAGAGUCAAUUCUCUCCAAUGCAGACGCAGCCCACUGGCUUCCCGGGGCAGUACGGGACCCAGCAGGGAUUUAAUUCUCAGCCAACCGGCAGCAUCAAUUCAUUCUUGCCACCUGCCAUGGAGCCGCAGCGGACAGGUAUGCCGGGUUUUCAGCCGCAACAGACCGGUUUCCAACCUCAGCAGACGGGCUUUGGGGGGUUCAACAACAUGGCUGGCGCUGGUCUUGUUGGUGCUCCGGCUCAACCUCUGCAGCCGCAAAAGACAGGGCCCCCACCUCCCGUACGAUUUGGUGUUACAGGAGAUGCGAAGAAGUUGAUGCCCCAACCCACAGGGCGGCGGGCCAACCUCUCCCAAGCAACUCCAAACAAUCCUUUCGGUUUCUAA